GUUUAACAAUGCGUGUCAUUUGUUAUUUGCUUGUGCUUUCCUUUGCAAUUCCAACGGUUUGUGAUCGUUGCCCUCAAGUCUGUGUUUGUGACAACUUGAGACAUUUUGUGACCUGCACUAACAAAAACUUGUCUGAAAUUCCUACCUUUAUACCACAGUACACACAAAAACUAAAUCUACAAGGAAAUUAUCUAAAAUGUAUUCCAUCAAGAGCAUUUAUUUCAACUCCUUAUCUAACUCAUCUUAGUCUAUACAACUGCAGCAUUGAAAAAAUAGAAGAAGGAGCUUUCAGAAGCCUUGGACGUUUGUUGCAUCUUAACCUUGGCUCCAACCAUAUAAGUUUCCUAUACCAGGAAUCUUUUGAUGGACUUUCAUCUCUACAACAUUUAAACCUUGGGAAAAACCGCCUUGAGGAGAUACAGCCAGGAGCAUUUAGCCAAUUAGGUCUUUUGAACUUUUUAAAUAUUGGAAAUAAUUUUUUGGUCUACUUACCAGAUUUGUUGUUUCAAGGACUGAUACAGCUUAAAUUGUUGUAUCUUUCUAACAACAUGAUUAACAUUAUAUCAUAUGAGGCAUUUGCAGGACUACCCAACCUCAGAAGGCUAAGCCUUGACCACAAUGAACUUCAGUACCUGCCAACAGAGGCUCUCUCUAGACUGUCUGGUCUCAUAAAGUUAGAACUGGGAUGGAAUCCAAUUACUUUUAUUCCAGAAGAAGCUUUCCAAAUGACAUCUCUCAAACAGUUAUAUAUUAAUAAUAUGGCAUUACAGGAAGUAUCUUUCAAAGCAUUUGAAAAAAGCAACCAGAUUUCUUUUAUUGAUAUCAGUAACAAUCAGAUAUGUGCAGUACAACCACUGGCUAGAGUUGAACAACUAAAAUAUCUAAACCUGACGGGAAAUAGUGUACCUUGUGAUUGUCAAUUACGGCCAUUUAAAGAAUGGGCAGACCUAAAAAGACUGAAAGUUGAUCUCCUUUGCUUUGGCCCCAGUCAUUUUCACAGAGAUCACCUGGAUUCUAUCAGAGCAAUAGACCUGAAAUGUGGAACAUUUCUUGAAGAAGUGUACAAUUUUUUGCCAGCUACAGAAAAAACAUUUGAAAAAAAUCUAUGUCCAUUGAGCUGCAAUUGCAAAUCCGAUGCUAAACAUGCUAUUUGUGAAAAUACGUUUUUAAGACAGAUACCUCAAGGUUUUCCUAAGGACACCAUCUUAAUUGAUCUGCGUAGAAAUGAAUUUAAUUUUAUUCCGAAAGGAGCUUUCUUGGAUCUGAAAAAUGUAGUUUCACUUCAUCUCCAGCAUUGUGAUAUUAAAGACAUUCAACCAGGAGCAUUUCUAGGAAUGAGGAAUUUGGUAUACCUUUACCUGUCUAAUAAUCAGAUUUUUGCUAUAAAUCCUGAUGUCUUCCAGGGAGCACCAAAUAUUGGAUAUCUUUUCUUAGACAACAACAGAUUUAUUAACGUUCCAAGUGAAAUUUUUGGACUUCUUCCAAAUCUUUUAUCACUUCACAUGCAGCAUAAUUCAAUCACUUCACUUUCAGAUAUGGCUGGUGCAGCAAAAUUACACUGGUUAUAUUUAACAGGAAAUAACAUAAGUUCAAUUGCACCAACAGCAUUUAGAAAUAUGAAAUUUCUAGAGAAACUCUAUCUAGAUAAUAAUAAGAUAAAAGAGGUGCCAACACAUGCACUCAAAGGAUUGCCAAUGCUGAGAGAGUUAGGACUAUCCAAGAAUCCUAUCAGAAAUAUUGGAAAUGGUGCCUUCUUGCCAUUAUCUCGGUCACUGCAGAAUUUGUAUCUCAAUGACAUGGGACUAUUAAAGGUGAUUUCGUAUUACAGAAUACGGAAGGACACCGGAACUAAAAGAUCGACUUCUGACGCCUCACUGCAGCACUUCUUUACACCCCAUACCUCGGCAUCCCUGGAGCGCGGCAGGUCAAAGAUGGCGGCCUCCUCCACCGCACAUCCUCGUGAUAUGGACCGAGAGUCGGGGUGUGACUUACCUCUGGAUAUCCCUGAGAGUUUGCGAGCUCCACUGAAGUACCUUCCCACCAAGAGAGACUUUGAGGCCACUGUUACUCUGGUCAAAGCUGCGAUUCGUAAAGACCUCCGGGGUGUGAAGCAGGAGGUUCGGGACUUAGCUUCCACUGUGGCGGAUGUCUCAGCUUCAUGCUACACGCUUGUCUUGACGGUCCAUGGCUUCGCAGCCUGA